GGUGGUGCUGCGAGGCGGCAAGCCGGUUCGCUGCGACCAUGGCGCAGCCGGGGAAGCUGCUGAAAGAGCAGAAGUACGACCGGCAGCUCAGGUUGUGGGGUGAUCAUGGGCAAGAGGCUUUAGAAUCUGCUCAUGUUUGCCUAAUAAAUGCAACAGCUACAGGAACUGAAAUUCUUAAAAACUUAGUAUUACCAGGUAUUGGUUCAUUUACAAUUAUUGAUGGAAAUCAAGUCAGCGGAGAAGAUGCUGGAAAUAACUUUUUUCUUCAAAGAAGCAGUAUUGGCAAGAACCGAGCUCAAGCUGCCAUGGAAUUCUUACAAGAAUUAAAUAAUGAUGUCUCUGGAAGUUUCGUGGAAGAGAAUCCAGAAAACAUCCUAGACAAUGAUCCUUCAUUUUUCUGUAAAUUUACCAUUGUGGUUGCAACUCAGCUUCCGGAAAGUACAUUGCUGCAGUUAGCAGAUGUCCUCUGGAACUCUCAAAUUCCUCUUUUGAUCUGUAGGACAUAUGGACUAGUUGGUUAUAUGAGGAUCAUUAUAAAGGAACAUCCAGUAAUAGAAUCUCACCCUGAUAAUGCUUUAGAGGAUCUGAGGCUAGAUAAGCCAUUUCCAGAACUGAGAGAACAUUUUCAGUCUUAUGAUUUGGAUCACAUGGAAAAAAAGGACCAUAGCCAUACUCCCUGGAUUGUGAUCAUAGCUAAAUAUUUAGCACAGUGGUAUAGUGAGACAAAUGGACGAACACCAAAAACAUAUAAAGAAAAAGAAGAAUUCAGAGAGAUGAUUAGACAAGGAAUUCUAAAGAAUGAAAAUGGGACUCCAGAAGAUGAAGAGAAUUUUGAAGAAGCAAUUAAAAACGUUAACACAGCAUUGAAUACAACUCAGAUCCCAAGCAGUAUUGAAGAUAUAUUUAAUGAUGAUCGCUGCAUAAAUAUCACAAAGCAGACUCCAUCAUUUUGGAUUUUAGCUCGUGCCUUAAAGGAAUUUGUGGCCAAAGAAGGUCAAGGAAAUUUACCUGUUCGAGGCACAAUUCCUGAUAUGAUUGCAGAUUCUGUCAAAUAUAUAAAACUACAAAAUGUUUACCGUGAGAAAGCAAAGAAAGACGCUGAUGCUGUGGGACAUCAUGCUGCAAAACUGCUGCAGUCUAUAGGCCAGGCGCCAGAAUCCAUUUCAGAGAAAGAAUUAAAAUUACUCUGUAAUAAUUCUGCAUUUCUUCGACUGGUAAGAUGUCGGUCCUUAGCCGAAGAAUAUGGCUUGACUACAGUUAACAAGGAUGAAAUUAUUUCCAGCAUGGACAAUCCAGAUAAUGAGAUAGUAUUAUACUUAAUGUUACGGGCUGUUGAUAGAUUUCAUAAACAACAUGGUAGAUAUCCAGGGGUUUCUAACUAUCAAGUUGAAGAAGACAUAGGGAAGUUGAAAGCUUGUCUCACUGGCUUCCUUCAGGAAUAUGGAUUAUCUGUAAUGGUGAAAGAUGAUUAUGUCCACGAAUUUUGCCGGUAUGGAGCUGCUGAGCCGCACACCAUUGCUGCAUUCUUAGGAGGAGCUGCUGCUCAAGAGGUUAUCAAAAUAAUCACCAAGCAAUUCGUCAUUUUUAACAACACUUAUAUUUAUAGUGGCAUGUCACAAACUUCAGCAACUUUUCAGUUGUAGAAUAUGCACACCAUCUAAUGUGUUAAUGGUUAAUACUGUAAAUGUUUAGGUUGUGUUUUAGUCUGUAAAAUUCUGUGAAGGAACAACUAUUAAAUUGUUUACUUAAUAAACAUUUU